UUUCUCCCGUUUUUAUCCAACUCUAAUGAGUUAGAACGACGGCAUACAACUGGCGGUACGCAACGAUGAAUAAAACACCUGCAAAGAUCGUACCUGGGAGUAGUCGUACGCUGUUGUCUCCAUGGUGAUCACCACUUCCGGUGAUGCUCGUUAUAGUGGUACUGUUUUUAGUGCAAAGCUCACGGGAGCUUGUCAGCGGGGCAAAUAUACUCUGUCUUACACCCGUCCCUAGCCCUAGCCAUCACAUAUGGAAUCGUGUGUGGAUCGAAGCACUUGCUGCAAGAGGACACAAUCUGACGGUGGUUUCGGCGGACGUAGAGAAGACGGCAACACCAAACAUUACCUACAUUCACCUCGAGCAUGCCUACUCGGAUCUGCACGAUGAUCUCGAUCUAUUCCAAAUGGCAAACAAUGAUCCAUUGACGGGAAUAAAAGAUCUCUACACCUGGGGUACGGCCAUGUGCAAAGGAGUGUUACGUUCGAAGGGUCUUCAAGUGAUUCAAUCGUAUCCGGACAAUUUCCGGUUCGAUCUUGUCAUUGCGGAUAUUACCUGUGGACCGUGUCUGUUUCCGCUGAUACACAAGUUCCGCUAUCCUCCCCUGAUUGGUGUGACGGCGUACAAUAAUCCACAGUUUACGACGGAUUUCGUUGGUGGACACAAACAUUAUGCGUACGUACCGUUCUUCACCGUAAACUAUGAUUCGGACAUGAACUUUCUGCAGCGGUUUUACAACUGGGUGUUACACAAUGUCGAUCACAUCUAUCGCCAUCACAUCUUUCUUCCCCGGAUCGAAAAGAUGGUAAGGAAUCACUUCCACUACGAAGGUAUGAUUUCUUUGGACCGCAUGGAGCACAACACUUUUCUGCUGUUGGCAAACUUUCACUAUUCGGUCGAUUUUGCUGAAUCGCUUCCACCGAGCCAUAUUCCGGUCGGUGGAUUACAAGUACUCUCACCAAAACAACUACCGGACGAACUAGCCACGUUCGUAGCUGCAGGCCGGAAAGGCUCGGUGCUAUUCUCGCUCGGAACAAACGUGCGAAGCGCAGACUUGGGAGAAGAUCGCAUCCGAAUGUUUCUUGAAGUAUUCCGCCAACUGCCCGAGUAUAACUUUAUAUGGAAAUUUGAGGAAAUGCCACCAUUUGAAGUACCCACCAAUGUGAUGAUAAGAAAAUUUCUUCCACAAAACGAUAUACUAGCCCAUCCGAACAUUAAAGCGUUCAUUACACACGGUGGAAUGUUGAGUACUCACGAGGCAACAUGGCACGGUGUGCCCAUGGUUGGAAUACCCUUCAUUUGUGAUCAGUAUCGGAACUUACACAAAUCAGUAACAGCAGGUGUUGCACUUCGGCUCGAGCAUAAUUCCCUUUCGAAGGACACCAUUCAAGCUGCACUCCGGCAGAUACUGACCAAUUCCAGCUAUCGAGAUCGUAUGAAGCACCGGUCGGCAUUGCUUCGCGAUCAACCGGAACAUCCACUCGAUCGUGCCGUAUGGUGGAUGGAAUGGGCCCUACGUCAUCCAAAUGUGGAAGCCAUUCAAUCGCCUACGAAACAAAUGUCAGUCUGGCAGUACGAGCUGUACGAUGUGAAGCUCACACUGAUACUACUGAUUGCACUAGCCGUGUAUUACACUAAACGACUAUUAGCACGAUUUAGUACACGCUCCAAACGGAACGAUCGUACCAGCAAGAAAAGCGACUACGCGCUAGGUUGCGAUCUUCUUCCAACGAUCUUGAAUUCGCCAGCUGGAAAUAAUUACAGACAGCAAGGUCAAAAAGCAUACGGCAUUAUUCUCUCACGCACGCCAUGUGAUCAAGCACUCUCAAACGCUUGUUCCACAGUACCCAAGAUAACAGCGAUGCGUUCGUACGUGUCGCUUCUCGCGCUAUUAUCUCUGUCCGCUUGCUGGCUCGGGGUCGUACAGGGUGCAAACAUACUUUGCAUCAUGACUGUCCCCAGCCCUAGCCAUCACAUCUGGAAUCGUGUCAUCAUGGAGGGCCUAGUAGAUCGGGGACACAAUUUAACCGUCGUGUCACAGGAUGGAGAUAAAUCGCGAACCAACCUUACGUACAUUCUGCUUGAGAAAGUGUACUCCACGCUGUACGAAGAUGAAGGAAUAGAUCUGCUGGAAGUGUCGAAAGAAACACCGUUCCAGUCGCUGUUUACCUUUAAAGAGUUUUAUCUGAGUAUGUGCCGCGGUGCAUUGAAAUCCGAUGGGUUAAAUGUGAUCCUUAACUAUCCGGACAGUUUCCGGUUCGAUUUGGUACUGUAUGAUUUCGGUUGUGGACCGUGUCUAUUGCCAUUGUUGCACAAAUUUAACUACCCACCGCUAGUCAGCUUGACCCCGUUCAGUAAUCCACCCUACUCGGUGGACAUCGUGGGAGGACACAAACAUUACGCUUAUACGCCACAUUAUGCGCUACCCUAUGGUUUUGAUAUGUCCUUUACUGAGCGGGUGUACAACACGUACCUCUGUCUGUGGGAUGCUGGCUUGCGAAUGUUUGACAUCAUGCCAAAGCUGGACGCGAUGGUAAGGAAACAUUUCGCGUUUGAAAACAUGCCCUACCUGCAGGACAUCGAACGGCGCACGGUACUGAUGUUGGUAAACACUAACCCAACGUUCGAUGCACCCGAACCCUUACCUCCGAACGUAAUACCGGUCGGUGGUGCCCACAUCAAGGCGCCAGAACCACUGCCAAACGAUCUUGAGCAGUUUGUGGCAAAGGCCAAAAAAGGGAUCGUUUUGUUUUCGCUCGGUUCCAACAUACGCUCCGAUACGAUCGGCGAGGAGCGGCAGCGAAUGUUUAUCGAGGCAUUCCGCCAAAUGCCGGACUACCAUUUCCUGUGGAAAUUUGAAUCACAACUCAACAUUCCACUGCCACCGAAUGUGAUCAUUCGGCCGUGGCUUCCACAGAACAGCAUUUUAAACCAUCCCAGAACGAAAGGAUUCAUCACACAUUCGGGUGGAUUAAGCACUCAGGAAGCUUCUUGGUUUGGUGUGCCACUGAUUGGAAUGCCAUUUUUCGUCGAUCAACAUCGCAAUCUUAAACGAUCUUUGAUCAGUGGUGUGGCGGAAAAGCUAGAUUUCGGUUCGCUGUCCACCGAAAAGAUACGAACCACCGUUACGAAGGUGUUGGAAACUCCGUCCUAUCGUGAAAAUAUGCAACGCCGUGCAAUGUACUUUCGCGAUCAGCCAGAUGCACCGCUUGAUCGUGCGAUAUGGUGGAUCGAAUACGCCAUAAGGCAUCCAACCGUACAGCAUCUUCGUUCGCCAACGCUUAAGCUCGGUACGCUGAAAGCCAAUCUUCUGGACGUGUACUUGUUCUUUGUUGCCGUAAUAAUAUUUGUUGUGUCGUUUUCCAUGUUCACGAUCAGACGUACAUUAUGUCGCCGUAAAAGACAGAUAAAGAAGAAGCGGCAGUGAAAUGUAUAUACGAUCAAUUCAAAAUAAAAUCGUUAUCCAAAAAUGGU